GACUUGGUCCGUAACUACAGAGGGGAUGUUUGGGGCCACAACGGCCCAGGCGUGAUAACGAGAGUUCUGAAGGAGGCGUGCUCCACCUCGGAGGCUAGCAAAAUGUCAGCAGCCACAUGUAAUGGUUUUGCAGUGUACGGCCCGAGACUCUUCUAUCCCAUUGAAUGGCAGCGGGGAAAGGCAUACUUUGAAGUAGGGGAGUUACCGACUCCAGAUGCAUACGUCUACCAUAUCUGGAAUCACGUCACGCAAAAUUGUAGAGCAGUCAACGGCUCAUUAUACGAAGUGUUAGUCAAGAAAUACUGUCCUACUGUCUAUAGAAUUUAUCGGGAGGAUUUUGAAUAA